AUAUAUAUAUAUAUAUAUUUUUUCAGAUUGUUAUUUGACAUCCUCUUCUUGUGUUACGUACUGUUCCAUCUCUGUAGUUAAUUUCCAGCGAAUUUCUCCACCCGCCUUCAGCUUUGAGCGUUGGCAAGAGGACCUUCCAUGGGUCUAAAUGACAAGGUGUUGGGUCGAGAUAGUGAUAAAGAUGCUAUUCUUCAAAGGUUGCUAGAAGAUGGAGGUAGUCUUGAACAAGACUUUGUUAUUCCCAUUGUUGGGAUGGGUGGACUAGGGAAGACAACUCUUGCUCGACUUAUUUACAAUCAUGACAAACUAAAAGGCAGGUUUGACUUGAAGGCAUGGGUUUGUGUUUCUGAUGAGUUUGAUGUUGUUCAAAUAACAAGAACCAUUUUAGAACAUAUAACUGAGGUAAGGUGUGACUUUGAUUUUGGGUUUCUUCAAGAGAAAUUGAAAGCUAAGUUAUCUGGGUGCAAGUUUUUUCUUGUAUUGGAUGAUGUUUGGAAUAAGGAAUAUGGCCAAUGGGAUGUCUUGAAGAGACCUUUCAUGUCAGGAGCUCCUGGAAGUAAAAUAAUUGUCACAACUCGAAAUAAGGAUGUUGGGACAAUGAUGAGAGGAGAUGAUCGAGUUUACAAUUUAGAAUUGCUACAAGAUGAUGCUUGUUUGCCAUUAUUUACACGACAUGCACUGGGGAAAGAGAACUUUGAUGUGCACCCAUACUUGCAAGAUGUUGGUGAGAAGCUUGUUGAGAGGUGCAAAAGAUUGCCAUUGGCACUAAAAACACUCGGUGGCGUCUUGCGGGGAAAGCUAUGUCCUGAUGAGUGGGAACAUAUAUUAAAUAGUGAGAUAUGGAGUUCAUCAGAAGAUAGAAGUGGAAUUCUUCCUGCUUUGAGAUUGAGCUAUAGUCAUCUUUCUUCUCACUUGAAGCGAUGCUUUGCUUAUUGUGCUUUGUUCCCUAAAGACUAUGAAUUUGACAAAAAGGAGUUGGUUUUGUUAUGGAUGGCUGAGGGCUUGUUACAGCAACAGUCACAUGGAAAGAAGCAAAUGCCAGAGGAGAUUGGUCAUCAAUAUUUCCAAGAUUUGUUAUCAAGAUCACUCUUUCAACAAUCAAGUGGAGAUGAAUCACGGUUUGUGAUGCAUGAUCUCAUAAAUGAUUUAGCUAUAAAUGUUGCUGGGGAAAUAUAUUGCAAUCUUGAACGUAGCAAGGGUGAUGAAAAAUUAACGACGGCUCGUCAUUUGUCAUUCACUCCACACAUAUAUGAAAUCUCAAAAAGAUUCACAGUCUUGGAUAAAUUGAAGCCUUUGAGAACAUUCUUCCUGCUAAAAGCACUUGGCCACCACAAUAUCUUCUUUUUGUCUAACAGAAUCUUGCAUGAUUUCCUACCAACUUUAAAUCGCUUAAGAGUGCUAUCUCUUUGCAGCUAUCAGAUAAGCAAGUUACCAGAUUCUUUUAAACAUUUGAAACAUAUUCGAUACAUUGAUUUGUCUUGUACAAGGAUCAAAUGUUUACCUGAGGCAGUGGGUUCUCUUUUUUUCUUGCAAACACUGUUAUUAUCUAGUUGUAAAGAGUUUACUAAGUUGCCUACAACGAUUGGAAAUCUAAUUGAUCUCCAUCAUCUUGAUAUCACUGAUACGCCAUCUUUAAAAGAGAUGCCAUCUUUAAAAGAGAUGCCAUCAGGAAUAGGCAAUCUUAAAAAUCUUGUAACACUGUCCAAAUUUAUCGUGGGGAAAGCAAACGGAAUGAUGAUCAGUUUAUCUGCUUUGAAGAACUUGACACAACUUCAAGGAAGACUGUAUAUUCUAGAUCUACAAAAUGUUUUGGAUGUUCAAGAUGUUAGGGAGGCCAACCUAGACAAGAUCCAUGGUUUGGAAGAGUUAGCCUUGAAGUGGACUACUUCUAAUAAUGAUGAAAAUGAAUUAGUCCAUGACAUGCAAAUCCUCAACUGGUUAAAACCUCAUUCAAAUUUGAAAAGUCUUGAAAUUUCUUACUAUGGUGGCAAGAGACUCCCAAAUUGGGUUUGUGAUCCAUUAUUAUUUUUGAAUUUAUCAUCCAUGAAGCUCAGCAAUUGCAUGGGGGCAAUUGAAGUAGUAGGUUCUGAGUUUUAUGGGCGGCAUGACUCUUUUCCAUCACUGGAGGAACUGGAGUUUCAGGAGAUGUUAAAUUGGAAGGAAUGGACUCCUCAUGCUAGAAGUGAAGGUGAAUUCCCUUGUCUUCGUAAGCUUGUGAUUCAAAAUUGUCCUAAGUUGUUAGGACAAUUACCUAACAACCUUUCUUCACUUAAAGAGUUGGAUGUUAGACAUUGCAAUGCGAUGCUUUUGAAGAGUAUAGGUGAUCUCACCUCACUUGCUAAUUUGAGAAUUAUCGGUAUUUCAGCACCGACUUGCUUGCCUAUGAGUAUGAGUCUUCCAUCAUUGAAAGAGCUGCAUAUUGAAUAUUGCAACAGGGUGCUUCUGAAAAGCAUGGUUGAUCUCACUUCCCUCACUAACUUGAUAAUACGGGGUAUUGUAAAACUAACUUGCUUGCCACAGAGUUUUACACGGUUCUUGACAACAUUUGAAACUCUAUAUAUUGGAAAUUGCAAUGAUCUUACUUGUCUAUGGGAGGAAGGGGCAGAAAUAGAAGAAAGCGUCUUGCCUUUCAAUCUUAAACAUCUUAUCCUUAGGAGUUGUAGAGCUUUGGAGUCAUUACCCAAUGCAAUGAUGAUGAGGAUGGAUGGAAGCAGUAGCAGGAACACUAGUAUGUUGAUGCCGAGACUGGAAAAGUUGGAAAUUGAUGGUUGUGAUUCUCUCAAGUCUUUUCCGAGAGGCAAAUUACCCAUCUCACUUAAAUACUUAAGAAUAGCAAACUGUAAAGGCCUUGAGUCUCUACCGGAUGCCGAUAGUGACAAUAAUAAUAGCAAUCUACAUUUGGAAAUAAAGAAUGUUCCAUGUUUUUAUUCUUCUGAGGGUUGCCAUCAGCUACCAGCUUUUCUCAAGAAAUUUGAAGUUGGUCGCUGUGAGUGGUUAGAAUCAUUUCCAGAGAGGAUGCUGCAACAUUUUUUAGAUUCCUUACCAGAAGAGCUGGGAUUAUUGACCCCCAAUCUUCGGAAGUUGGAGAUAAAGUGGUGUGAGAAUUUCAAAUAUCUCCCAAAUACGAUGUACCAGAUGAAAUCUCUUGAAUUGCUAUGGAUGGUAGAGUGCCCCGGCUUGGAGUUUAUUCCAGAUGGGGGUUUACCCCCAAACUUAACAGAUCUUCAAAUAGAGUGUAAGAAUUUCAAGUGUGUGCCGAAUACAAUGUACCAACUCACAUCGCUUCAGAAGCUAUCAAUCCCAGGUAGGGCUUUGACGAUGGGCCUCCAAAACCUUUUGUCUCUUCAACACUUGAGAAUUGAGCAGAAAUUUCCUCUGGAUAUUGUGAUGCCUUCUUCUUUAACCUUUCUGAAGAUCUGGAAUGAAGAAAAUUUGGAAUCCAUACCUGGGGGGCUCUUCCAAAACCUAAGCUCCCUUCAAGAGUUAUGGAUAAUUAAUUGCCCAAAGCUACGAUCUUUGCCAAGGGAAGCCUUCCCUCCCUCGCUUGGACAACUAUGCAUCGAGAAGUGUCCACAUCUAAAACCACAGUGCUUUGAGGCGAGAGGAGACUACUGGAAUCUCACCUGGAGCAUCCCCUGCGUUGAGAUACAUGAGGAUGAGGUUUACCUCGAUUUUUGAACUAGCUACAACCAAUUGUUGAGGUAGAUAUCAAGAAGUUACUCCAACUUAGUGUCUACAUGUUCCCUUAUUUGCCCCUUCCCCAUCUUGUAAGAUUCAUCAUCACAUUUCCCAUAAUUUUAGUGUUUGCUUCCUUGAAACUGUGUAACACUCAACUUAUAAUUAGUUCUUGUCCUGUUUUGAUCUUACAGCAUCUGAUUAAACCCUUUGCUGUUUUCAAGUCAACUACAGGAUUAGUUAAAAGGUGAUUGAUCCAAGAUUCCAAGUUCAAGCCUCCCAUUUUAGACAAGUUCUUUUUUCAACAAGUAGGAGUUGGAUGCUUUGAUAUUAACGUUGCCUUUCAUAUAGGAGGUGAAGCUUCUGGUAUGUAUGAUGAGUUAGAAAUGAAUGAUCCAACAAUGUGCAUUGUGUUCCCUCUUUAUUCAUCUCAAGUCACAACCAAGAUUAUGGCACAAGCAUAGUUGCUUUAACUGUUGCUUUACUUAACAAUGGAUUGACUUGCAAAGUAGCUUCAAGAUCUAACAACUUGAUGAAAAAUGGUGGUGUUCACAAGAUUCGUCAUAGACUCAUGCUUUCAGCUACAAGCUUUUACCCUCCAAAGAAUGCCCUCUCUGGACACGGAUUUUCUUAGAGUUUUUCUUGUAACUUCCCUUGAUCAAUUCCCUUAAUCAAGGACAAUUUGAGGAUAUAUAUGAAAGUGGAUGGAAUAAUGCUUUGAGGCAGCAUUAUGUGAAAAUCAUUUCAAGGAUUCCCUUUUUGUAUAUAUCGGUAUAUCCAUACAUCUGGCGUUGAGAAAUGUCUUCUUGAACUCAUACAUGAACUGCAUGGGGCUUGGACUUUGAAAUGUACCAAGUCAGGGGAGCUUUAAAUAAUGGCUGGUGGCUGGUUGUGAUCAUUAUUGCAAAAACAAUAGAGAGACAGUGAGAGUGAGUUGCAACAGCAGCAGUCAGUAGAGGAGUUAGUUCUGCUAGAUGAUCAACAGUGAUUUGGUGUCCAAUUCCUCUUGGAAUACACUAAGCACACUUGUUGAAUUUAUCCCAAUUUGAUGGGAGAUUUUGACUCACAGCCUUAUUAUGGUGAUGACUUUGACAUUGGUGAUCCAAGAAUUUAUUCUUGAUGAUUUAUUGUUGUGGACAAUCUCUGGUGUUUCCUAAAGUAGAAGAAACUUCGUUGUUGAGUUUGAUUAUUUUCUGCUUAAUUGGGUAUAGAGAGGAGAAGAAUACUUGUUAAGUGUGGUAUUUGGUAAGCCUCUUUGAAGCAGUGUAUUAUAUACAGAUUGGUUUUUUAUCCAUGCAUCCCCAACGCUUGAAAAGCUCAUUGUUAUCUUUCUGUUCCCUAUAUUCAAAAAGCACACUAAUUAGAACUACCAUUUUUAAUUUCUUUCUUCAGUAUCCAUCUGCUGUAUCAUUCCAAAAGUAGCAGAGAAAUUGUGAGGGUGAGUUGUGACAGCAGCAAGAAUGUGUGGUUCAGCUGGAUCAACUGUUCUUUGGUCUUGGUUUACCACCUUCGAUGAGAAAGGAACAGGCAGAUUCAUCAACAACAAUUUCAGUCAGUAAUGAUGCUUGUUCGGGCAAUUUGAGGAUAAGUUAAAGUUUGUAUAAAUAAUGCUUUGUUUC